UACAUCUGGGAUUCUGCUUGUAGUCUUCAGAGAGGGGAAGUAACUUAACAAAGACAACUGUGAGAGUGCAGGAGACUGGCUGGUCUGCUGGAGACUCCUGGGCUAAGUUAACUUGUUUAGUCAUUCCUGCAGAGCUCAUGGAGUGAUAGAAAAAGACCAAUAGCAGCAAGAAAAAAACAGGUGGGACAGGGGGAAUAGAAGUGCAUUAACUACUCAAGUUCCAGCUGCAUACGUUUAGGUUCCUCACAGGAAUUUGUGGUGUAGAAGAACACGCAAGAUGGUGCAGAUCACCUGGAUGAGUUUGCUUUCCUUUUUGCUGUGUGCCUUCAGUGGGAAAGCUGAAAUGUACAGAGGCUACAGACAAAUAGCCUCAGGUAACCAACCUGGCAUGUGUCGCUAUGGAGUAAGAUGGGAGUGCUGCUAUGGCUGGAAGAAGAACAGCAAAGGCCACUGUGAAGCUUUCUGUGAACAUGGCUGCAAGCAUGGGGAAUGCGUCGGCCCCAACAAAUGCAAAUGCCUCCCAGGAUUUACUGGCAAAACAUGCAAUCAAGAUCUCAAUGAAUGUGGGCUUAAGCCUCGUCCCUGUGAACACAGAUGCAUGAACACCCAUGGAAGCUACAAGUGUUACUGCCUCAAUGGCUAUAUGCUGAUGGGCGAUGGUUCAUGUGCUAAUUCCAGGACAUGCUCAAUGACUCACUGUCAGUAUGGCUGUGAGGAAGUGAAAGGAGAAGUGCGUUGUCUGUGUCCUUCCACAGGCCUGCAGCUGGGUCCAGACGGGAGAACCUGCACUGAUGUUGACGAAUGUUCAAUAGGCAAGGCUCUUUGCCCUUUUAACAGAAGAUGCGUGAACACAUUCGGGAGCUACUACUGCAAGUGCCAGAUUGGUUAUGACCUUAAAUAUGUUCAUGGCAAAUAUGAUUGUGUAGAUACUGAUGAAUGUGCCACCAGCACCCACAAGUGCAGCGUCAAUGCCGAGUGCCUGAAUACCCAGGGAUCAUAUAAGUGUAAAUGCAAACACGGCUUCAGGGGUAGUGGAUUUGAUUGCUCUGUCAAACCUUUUUUUCAAAACUCAUGGGAUGGAGAUAAGGGCAGUGGUGAUGAGUUCCUGAAUGCUGUUCCAGACAACUCAUUCAAAGAUGGUCCAAGGAUACUAGGCACUGGCAAGGACUCAAUUAACAAGCUGCUGAUUAACAAAGGCAGUAAACUUGGCAGUGAAGAGAUCCGGAACAUCAUCCCUGAGCCCAAGGUCACUUUUCCUCCAAAAAUUCCACAGCAGCCAUUUGACUAUGAUGAUGGGGUUUACAUUGGAGGGGCCAUUGAUGAGGAUGUCGAAGACAGCGAUGAUGACAACGAUGAUCUUGAGAACCAGAUUGAAAGCAAGGAGAUCAGUGCCAGAGGAGAUGUGUUCAUCCCUGAUGACUAUGAGUCUGUUAUUGGUCCCCUCGCAAUUGUGAAAGAAGCUCCAGCUUUGCUGUCAACACAUGAAGAGUUCAUUAUUGACUGCAGUUUUGAGCAAGGGGCUUGUGAAUGGGUUCAGGACACAGAAGAUGACUUUGACUGGAAUGUUGCAGAUCAUGAUAAUGGAUUAGGAUACUACAUGGCAGUUCCCGGGUUUGUUGGAGAACGGAAGGAUGUCAGCCGCCUGAAACUUCUCCUUAAUGAACCUGCACCAAAUGAUGAAUUUUGUUUGACUUUCAACUACCGCUUGAUUGGAGACAGGGUGGGCAAACUUAGAGUGCUCCUCGACAACAACAGCACUCCUAUCUGGGAGCAGAACAGGAGCCUCAAGGAUGGCUGGCAAACCGAACUAGUGACAGUAUCCCAGGGCAAAAGAGCACCUAAGAAUAUUAUCUUUGAAGCUCAGCGUGGGAAAGGGAGGGCAGGAGAGAUUGGAUUGGACAAUGUUGUGUUGAGGUCUGGUUCUUGUCAAGAAGACGAUUCAGAAAUGUUUUAAGCUAUUAUAUACUGUAAUCUACACAGAUGAAAAUAGGUUAUCCUUUAGGAAUUUACAUACCUCAAGGGCAGAACCUUAAUUUGAAGUUCUCAGUCUUAAUGAUAUUACAGGUAAUUAAAAAAAGGAUGUUUACAUGUAUUGUUGUAAAAACAUGAUUGAUUAUGUAUCACUACUGUACUGUAUUUCUAGACCGAAGGAUAUGGUUUCCAUAUUUUUCACCAUAUAUUAUGUAGUUGUCAGUUUCAUACAUACAGUAGUUCAGUGUUUAUAAUGCCUACUACUGUUCUAUAGUACUGUACCCUUUUCUAACACUGACAGUUUGCUGCAAUAUAUUUACAAAAAAAAAUAAUCAUGUCAUUGAAUAAUGAUAUACUGGUUAUUAUGAACACAAACAAUGUAGAACAAAGUACAGUAUUUAUCCAAAAUUGCCAAGCAAAGUCUAUAAAAUAUCUCUAGGAUCCAUUUGUCUUUAGUUUUAUCUUAAAGAUGUCAUUCAUUGUGUAAGCACAACUCAAUGGCUGUAAAUUUUGCUUUCUUAUAAAAUAAAUGUUUUCACGUGUUUGUUUUUAA